CUCCCUCCUCGAUUCUCUUGGUUUUGUCUUAUUGCUGGUUGCUGUGGCACAAUACAACUCAACUUGAUGUUGCUUCAUCGAGUACGAUCGCUGUUGGCAUCAAGUACUUGGUGUUGGCUGUUCGUUCUUUAAAUUCCAAAUUCGCCUUUGUGGUCUCCUCUCUUUGGGAGGGCUUCUUGCUAUCGAUCGGUUGGGUCGAGUUACUGUCGUUGAAUACCCCUCGCUGCUGCUGAGGUCCUCGUGACUUCGAUACUCUGCCUUCUCUUCUGCUCUUGAUAAGAGUUUUAUAUACAUCGAUCUGUAGAAAGAUCGGUAUACUUAUUUUGUCGACUCGACACUCCUUCCUUCGAGACUCCUCUUUUGACACUCCUUUCGACACUCGUUUCGACACUCCUUGUCUCAACAGUCUCAUCCAACAGACUGUUCAAAAGACGAUUUAUAUACGUCUCUCUUUAAGAAUCCAUCAAGAGAUUCCACAUUCAAAAUGACUGGCGCGACCGAGGUAUCCGGAAUGGCCUCCCUCCCCAUGGAGCUGAUUGACCAGAUCGUCUCCAUUGUCUGCCAGUCCCCCAAGAGGGUCAGCAGAAACACCCUGAAGAACCUGCGCCAAGUCGAUCGCAAAUUCCACGAGAGCGCCUCGCGGGUCCUCUUCUCCAACUUUGUUGUCCCCAUCACAGACUUCGAAAUCGACGGCCAAAAUCGGCCCUUCUUCGACCUUGAGCUUCUCUGCAGGAAGAGCAUCGCCCGCUACGUGCGGAAUAUCAACUUUGUCUGUCGCAACCCGUGGAAGGGUUCUGACGGCCAGAAAAAGCAGCUGGAACGACUCUUUCCGGUUUGUCUGACUCGACUGCCUCGCCUCCAGAGCAUCGAAUUUGACCCCGUAAAUGCCACCACUCCAGAGCAGGAGCUCAUGACCCGGGAUAUCAUCGACGUCCUCUGCAAAGGCCUGUACCAUCAUGUCCAGGCACAACCGGGUUCCUCCCGUUUCAAAGGCUUUGACAUCGAGGUCGGACACAUCGAUCACCACGCACUAUCCUGCCGUCGUGCCCCCCCCGACCGAUACCUCCAAAACCUCUCGGGUUGCUUGCCGCUGCUCAAGCAGCUCAAGCUCAAACACGCCUCCCGUUCACCCUGCGAGAGAGAGGCCUCUCGCAUUUUCGACCUUCUUCAUUCCGGCCAAGCUCUCACCUCUGUCGAACUCUGCGGUCUCGCCGAUAUCGAGACCGAGGGCGCCUGCGCGGGGUUCAUCCACCCGGGCGCCCCGCUCCACGACCUCACCCUCGCGGACGUCCAUACCUCCGCCCAGCGUCUGAUCGCGCUGAAAGAGUUCGCCGGAACUCUACAGCAUGUCGUGUUUUGGGGGGUCGAUCUGUCGUCCGGGACGUGGGCGGAGGUGUUUGACGCCCUGCGGGGGUGUCACAACCUCCGUCGAUUGGAGGUCCAGGGAUGUGGGUAUACUCUUCGGGGGGAUAAUGCCCAUUUGAGGGAUUUUGACGUACAGGCGAAUGUCAGGUCCAGCAAUGGUCGUGAUUUCGGAUACCUGUCUGAAUGCAUGGAACUUGCGCGGAGGAAUCGGGAAGUUUUGGGGGAUGUCACUUUUGUCUAG